AUGGGUUCUGUGGUUCCCUCUUUUAUUGUUGAUCAAAAAAUACUCACAGUUCCUGUUUGUAAUGUCGUAGGCAUCUGCAGCACUGGAGUCAAGAGUUCUGGAGCACAUCGUUCUGGAGGUCAGGAUUCUGGGGUCCACGUUCCUCUGAAAAGGAUCCUAGGAGGUUCUGUGUUGUUUCAUGUAAUCGAGGAGCCAGGAGUGGAGCUGGAGGAAAUCUCGUGGUCCUUUGGCCCUGGCUUAAAAUACAGAGUCAUGCUGCGAGUCCAUAAUGGGUCAGAAAAGACUCCAACCUUGGUCUACCUCCAGGACAAGUACAAGCAGAGGGUCCAUGUGCCCUACAUAACGUCCCUGAGGAUUGAGAGCUUGACCCAUGAGGACAGUGGGUACUACCGGGCUCGAGCCAGCUUCACUGGCGGAGUGGAAUCUACCCAGAUUUUCCACCUCACUGUCUAUGAUCCCGUGCCCCGUCCCCAGAUCCUGGUCUGGUCACUGUCCAUCACAGCAGGCUGGUGCAACGUCACCCUGGAGUGCAGGGCUGGGGAGGUCACAGAGGACCUGAAUGUGACCUGGGAGAGCAAGGGCCUCCCCAGGGAGCUGGAACAGAGGGGGACACCGGGACCAGCCCCCAACUCCUGGACCCUGAAUGUGAGCCUGCCUCUGAGCCAGCCCAAUGCCAACCUCACCUGUGUGGUCAGCAACUCUGAGGACCAGAAAACUGUCACCUCAGCUCUUGGGGAGUUCUGUGACCAUGCUUCUACUGUGUUGCUGGUGUGUGUCUUUCUGAGAACACGAGCCCAGGAGUGGGGACUCUGUAGAGGUGUUGACCAUGCCACAAAUGAGGGAGUGAGGCCCUUGGUGCUGGAUGCUGAGAAGGGGGUCAAUGGAGGCAGCACGAGUGCUGAGCAGAAAGCUGAGAGAGAAAAAGAUGGCAUCUCCUCACUGGCAUCCAAGGUGACCCGUCGUGGUUGGGUGUCAGUGCCCAUCAGGCCAGAAGCAAUAACCACCCAUUGA